AUGCCGUACACGACUCUUUUGGGUCGUAUUGCCAGGGUUUGUCUUGUGGGACAGGGCAUAUGGCGAUCUCAGACAUGGCUCAUCUGCGGUGAUGUCGUUGCGCCACACAACCCCAGUAGGGUAUUUCGCCAAUUUGGUUAUCACCAGCGGAUACCCGGUGACGCAUUACUUCUCACUGCGGCGGAAAUUACUAGCCUGCUCAAGAGGAAGCCGUUUGGAGGAUCCGAUAGGAGAUGGUUACAACAACUAGGGAUAUAUCUCCAGGUUUGGAAUGAUCGCCACGGCCAAGUUGUGGGGACUGAUGAUCUUUAUGUUGGCGAGCCUUCCGCAGAUUCGGAGUAUCUCUUGUGGUACCAUCAGGUUACUGUGAAGUAUGUUACGGAUCCGACGGACUCUAAAAAUGCGAGGGGUUUUCACUGUUCUGCAGAGACCUUGCGCCUCAUGGCCACAUUGAUGGAGGACGUUCGUAGUCUGAGUAUUAUAGGCCAGCGUACUUUCGACGCGGACUCCUUUGGUUAUGAUCGCUUAGGCGAGAUUGCCCAGGUUGCUGAGCGGGCGUUGUCCGUCAAUGCAACAAAUGUUGUACGUCACGAUCUCGAUAGGCAUGUUGAGGUUCAUGACAUUUUGAGUCAAGAACUUGCAUCUGUAGACCCGACCCAGCAACAUCCAACACCCAGACCUCCGAGGCGUUCGCGCAGGUCUCAGCGUGGGCAUGGGGGGCAAGAGACAAUCACAACAUCUCAGCCACAUCAGUCCUCCCAGCAUGAGCAGUCUCAUAUUCCCUUCACUGGCGGUUCAUCCCAUCAGUCUCCACAUCAGUCUCCACUCCAUUCUCGACAGCAUUCAGCCCAUCAGUCUCCACAUCAUUCAUCCCAUCAGUCUCCACAUCAUUCUUCGCCGACCCAUCAGCGUUUUAUCGUCCGAUUAUGUCUCCCAGUACAGCAGUCAAUUUUUCCUUCACUCGGUUUUCCUCCCUCGACUUCGGCGUCGGUUUGGAGAUUCUUUUAUUGA